UGCUUCAAGGGUCCUCGAUUUGGCAGCUUGAUUGAACUCCCCAACGUCCCACGGUAUCGUUCUCCUAAAUGCGAACACAUUGCAGGGAUAUGCUCUCGAUUACGAACCCAGUGUUGCACCUGUCUAUCUCGCAUACGAUGCUGCAGCCCGCAGUUCGCGCCGAAAAACAAUCGAGGAUGCCCUGGAACGCAUGGAUACGGAUUAUGAAUCCAUUUAUGCCCUCGCUCAACAGAUCGGCACCAUUGAGCGUUCUCUACGGGCCAUAUUUCAGAAUUUUCUCCAACCCGUAGCCGCUCUUCCAAUGGAAGUUUUGCAACAGAUUUUCUUGUAUGCCAUUCAGCCAGGGGAGUAUUUAGGACAUAUCAAUCAUGAAUAUCUUCCCUCCUCCAUCACCCUCAGCCAAGUCUGUUCAGCAUGGAGACAGGCAGCUCAAUCAUACCCCUUAAUAUGGACUGUGGUGCGACUGGAGCCAUGUAGUCAUGCUUCCUACGCGCCAUACGCUCGCUAUUCUAAAGGCCUCCCUCUAGAAGUUCAUGGGCGAAAACUCGUCAAUGUGAAUAUCACCGGUCUGGAAAGCGCCGACACUCAGAGCCGGAUAACCACACUGUAUUUGCCAGUGGACCUCGAAGAUCGUUUGAAAGCAUCCUCAUCCGACGGGGCCACUUUCUGGGAAGAAAGAGGAGUGCUGGAUUGGAGGUCUAUAGAGCGGCUGACCCUGCUGGCGCCUGGUAGUGUGAGACGCUCCAAGGUCUCUUCGUCCCAUUGUCUACUGCUCAGCUAGAAAAACUCGUAACUCUUGGCCUCGCAUUUAUUAAUGCUGAGGGCUUUGAGUUUUCUAAGUUUAUCAAUGCCUGUGACAAUCUGGAGGAAUUGACCUCUCCGUACCCUUGUUGUCAACUCGUUAAACUUUUCCGUGGCAGCAUUUCUUGCUCGCUACGGGAUGCCUCGUCUCCAAUGCAUAACGUUGGAUCUGUGGGACAUGGAUGACUACAUGAAUGGCCUGGAUCUCGUUGAUGUCACUGCUGACGAUUAUUUUUCCCUGGGUGGGCCGCCCGUGCGCCUACAUGCGGUCCAGCAUUUUAUGAUGAACACGCCAACGAUUAAAUCCGUCACC